GUAUUGGUGACUUUGAUCAUUGUAGGAAAUAUUCUCACCAUCUGGAUAUUCUUCAAACAGAGACGCCAAAAACGCUCUUACUCUCUUCUCAUAAGCUUGGCAGUUGCUGAUUUGCUGGUGGGAAUUUUUGCUGUCCCUUUUUAUAUAAAAGCAGUUGUAUCACAGGGAUAUACAUGGUUUGUUAUUUCCAUCGGUGCUGACGUUUUCACAGGCACAACGUCCAUCUACACUCUUGCAGUCAUUUCCUUGGAGAGAAUGUUCGCCGUCGGUUGGCCUCUUCGUCACAGAACUGUGAACUAUCGUGUUUACGUCUGCACUAUCAGCAUACCGUGGAUCAUAGCGGCAAUAUUUACUACUUUAGUGGUGUUACAGAUAUUUAAUAUAAUAGGGAGGGAGUAUUUCUUUUAUUAUCAUGUUUUAAUUCCCGGGAUCCCUCUGAUAGCUAUAUGUGUAGCAAACUUUGUUAUUUGGAAGAAGCAGAAAUCGCCAUUUCGCGACCAGAAUCAUAUCAAAAGAGAAGUCAAAUUGGCGAAAACGCUAGCUCUCUUAACAGGAAUAUCGCUUUUUACCUGGCUUCCUUUUCAAAUUCUAAAUAUUUUGUUUAUAUUGAAAGUCACGGAAAAUUUUCACCCAUUUCCAUUAACACUAUUUAUUAUCAAAUUUUUGCAGUUUAGCAAUUCAUUUGUGAACGUGAUAAUUUAUCCGUUCAGAAUCCCAGAAUUUAAGCACACCUUAUUCCAGAUACUUAAUUUCUGUGUGAUUCCCUUCAGAAGAACAAAUACUGAGACAUAUCCAUCAGCCAGGAUUGGGUCAGUUGUGUCCUUGUUAACGUUUACAAAUUCGACAUUUUCUCUAUCAAACGUUCAACGGGAAAGUUAGCUUUAGGGUCUUAAACCGCUCAGGCACAUAGACAUUGCUACAAUAGGUGUGGAAUGUAAAAUGUAUAUAUAUGCAGUCUUCUACGUGCUCAGGAACACACAACCCCUACCUCUCUUCUAAGAUCUUGCAGACGUAACAAAAUGUGACCAUUUAACAUUUUUAAAGUGUUGGAAUCCAACCGAAAAUAUAAAUUAUUUUGAAAGCUAAACCGCUGAUUUGCUUCAUAGUGUCCCUUUAUCAAAUUGGCAAAAGCGAGAAAUAAAAGCGAAAACUCAGCCUGUUCCAAGCUCCGAAGAAUUAAGAGAAAAGAGCCUGGGAAGGAGGUUGUUGAAAUCUGACGUAAUACCUAAGGGCAGGCUGUUGUGGUAUGCCAUCUCAUUUCAUAUUUCUCUGGGUAGAGUUGCAAUACUUAACAUCACUUUACGCUUUGGGAAUCGGGAUAAGAAUAAAAAAUACUGUACUACUGAACUGUCUUUCAGUCCAAUAUUCUUGCGCCAGGUUUUCACAUCACUACAAGUCCACGAUCUGAUGUAGCGUGCAAAGAAAAUCGUGUCCGAUAGCCCAGGCUAGUGGAUUUUGCGAUCGGGCUAGUGGAUUCUGUGGUUAACCUGCCUGAAGGGCAAGUGAAGAGUUUUCGGCGAAUUAAUAUUACAGUACUGGUAGAGAAAUGUUUUAAAUUCCUAAUCAAUUCAUGCGGACCGAAAGUGGCUCCCACGAAGUGGAAUCUGCAUAAACGAGACAAAUAACGCAUUACAUGUCAGACGAGACAUAUUGAGAUCCCGUGCAUACAGUAAAAGCACAUACUGAAAAAAACUUUGGAGGUAAAUGCUGCCCGUGACUAAUUCUUACUGAUUCAGAGACAGCUAUUUGUCUAAAUUUUGUUUUAUAGUCAUUUGUGAGGAACGUAAUAUUUUGAUCCUGAACUCCAGCGAGUAAUUUAUUGUGGUUUUACCAAAUAUUGGUCACGUACGUUUCAAGAUGGUAAACUCCAAACACCGAUACCGUGGUCCGUGUGUCAUUUGUCCAUUCAAUUUUCACUUAAAAUCAAAAAUUGAAAACUGAUGUCAAUUUUUGAUUUUUGUUAGUUUUUAUCAUAAAAAAUACGGAAGUGCCAAAUCGAAAUUGUGGACUUUUUUACCUUUUGAUAGAAUAUUGAAACAUAACUUAUAUUUUUACUUUAAUCUUGUCAACAAUAAAGAAAAAAAUGAAACUGAGCGGCAAUGUUGCUUUUCCGACAAUGUUGCAGUCUGUGUUAGGCUUAGUUUUUCUGUUCUCCGUGUGUCAUUCGUCUAUUCAAUUUUCGUUUAAAAUCAAAAAUUGAAAAUUGAUGUCAAUUUUUGAUUAUCGUUAUUUUUUAUCAUGAAAAAUACGAAAGUGCCAAAUCGAAAAUUUUGGACUUUUUUUCCUUGUGAUAGAAUAUUGAAACAUAACUUACAUGUUUAGUCUUAUCCUGUCAACAAUGAGGAGAAAAAUGAAACUAAGCGGCGAUGUUGCUUUUCCGACAAUGUUGCAGUCUGUGCUAUGCUUAGUUUUUCUGUUUUCGGUGAAAGUGUUUUUCGGCCAAAACAUUCAAAAUCGUGGACAGAACUACCCAAGAGGGAGGGGGGAGUUGGUGGUGGUCCGUGUGUCAUUCGUGGCAUGGCUUAGUUUUUCUGUUUUCGGCGGAAGUGUAAAAAUCGAAAAUUGAAAAUUGCAAUCAAUUUUCAAUUUUUGUUUUUCGCCCAAAACAUUCAAAAUCUUUGACAGAACUACCCAAGAGGGAGGGGGAGGGGUCCAUUCGCCCGGUAAUUUUUGCCCUCAGCACCCUCUCCGCAUGGCCAGGUCCGCUUCCUUGCUUAAGGGGUCUGGGAAGGAAGUGAGAGUUUAAUUGUCUCUUCGCGGUCUUUCACGACGUUUUGGAGCGUCUUCCUCAGUUCUGUCCAUUACAGCGAGCAGCCUUUAGCUAAGGAGUUAAAAAGAUCUUAGACUUCGUAUUGGAGCGGGUUGGAGCGGGUGAUGUAGCCAUAUUGACUUUUCAGACGCCAUACUGUAAAACAGGGCUGGAAUGAUGGUGAGGGAGAGAGAGGGGGUAGAUUUCUGAUACCACCCUCUCCCCAAUGGCCCGCCUGGAGUCUGCGAAGGAAGUGAGAGUUUCGCGCACUUUUGGACUGUCCGUUCGCCGACAUCAUGGCGAGCAAUAUAACCUUUGAUUUGACUAGGAACGGAAAGGUGUUUAAAUUACGAAUAGCAGAGGGGGAUAUGACAGUUUUGAGGCUUUUUCGAGCUUUUCAGGCAAUACACAUUGAAUUUACAUUCGGAUUUUUCAAAAUCAAUUAAGUCAAUUGUUAACUUAUGGUGGCUCCCUUACUGGCUCUCAAGCAAGUUCUUCGAGGCCACCAUUUUUCUGUAAUGCAAGACGAAAAGGUGGCGCUCUUGCAACGAUUAUUCCUGCGGAAAUAUAACACACAAGAAUGUGAAGGGACCUCCUACGUUCCAAGAACUAGUGGCAGAUAUAUUUUUGAAGAAACCGCUAAUGUGGUUUACGUCCAGUCCAGGGCAAGAGAUGUAUUCAACGAUUCACCUCUAGAGUUGGUGAUCACGCUUGAAAAACCACCGAAAACUGAUUUAGCCGUUCAAUACGCUUUGUUAAAAAGGAAAUUACCGCAAUAAAACAUGUUGACCAAAAUAAAGAUUCUGAUGCUGUUACGAACGCAUUCAAUGUUUAAUUCCUUUCAGUACUGUUAAUAAAUUAUGUUGAGUGUUGAAGACAUGUGCUGACUGCUCAUUUAUUAUUGACAGCCGGAAAAAAUUAGCUUUGACAAAAGCCUACAAAUUCACGGUAAAGCCGAAAAAUUAUUUUGAACCUUGAAGGGUGCUCAUAUAGACGGCUAUACAAACAAGGAAAUGAAGAUAGAAAAAAACGAAUAAAAUAACAACAAGCACUUACAUCUAAUAAACCUAUACCUACCCGAGCAACGACGUCCCACGUGCACCGUUCAAGCUCAUCAUUUGACAGGCGGUUGUGUAAAUUUAUCUCAUUCUUAAAACAAAACCUCCAAACUGACCUCGAACUAAAGCCUUUCUUGUCGAGAAAUCUUUCUUUUAGCGAUAAGUUCACCUCGGAGUGUGUUUUUCUUUGUGUUAUUAUAAGAUCCUUUAAGUACUCAGCACUGAAGUCGUUCAUGUUUGGAAAAGUGACUGCGGGGUAAUUACGAAUUUCCCGAGUGUGAGAGGUUUCCUCAAAUUUUCACAAAAUUUCAAUUUCAAUUAAAGAUUUGGCAGACAUUCAUUUUCAGUAAAUUUGUUCAAAUACAUUUUAUAUUCCUCAUCCAUUGAAGCAAUGUCUAUUUGCCUGACUGGAUUAAGACUCUAAAGCGAAGUUUCCUGGUGAACGUUGGAUGGUGAAAAUGACCCGGUCCCAGCUGAUGGAGAUACCUCAUUGCUGGAUCUUCCAAAGGGAAUUACACAGAAAUUAAGCAUCUAUAAUAAAAAGCGCUUAAAUUUUGGGAUUCUGAACGGAUAAGUUAACACGUUUACAAGUGAAUUGCUUAACUGUAGAAUUUUUAUUAUGAAUACUGUUAAUUGAAGAAGGUGAAAAUUUUCCGUGACUUUCAAUUCAAACAAAAUAUUUAAAAUUUGAAUAGGAAGCCAGGUAAAAAGCGAUAUUCCUGUUAAGAGAGCUAGCGUCUUCGCCAAUUUCACUUCCCUUUUGAUAUGAUUCUGGUUGCAAAAUGGCGUUUUCUGCUUCUUCCAAACAACAACGUUUGCUACACAUAUAGUUAUCAGAGGGAUUCCAGGAAUUAAAACAAGAUAAUACAAGUAAUUCUCCCUCCCUAUCAUAUUGAGUUUCCGUAACACCACUGAAGUAGUAAAUAUAAAAUCUGAAGGGUAGAAAAUUUGUGGGAGCGAAAAAACCUUUAGCCAACGAGCAUUAAGUAUUUUUGUAAACGAUACUCUCUUUUGUAAUUUAGAAUCAAGUUAAAAUUUUUUCUACCCUCCCCCCCCCUAAAAACCAUAGUAGCAGACAAAAACAGCUGGACGAAUUAAAAGGGCCUAUAUUUAACAUGACGUUUUAAUAGCUUCUUCCUUUAGUCAAUAAUUGAGCACGCUAUUGUAAAGAAGUGACAGCUUGUUCACAUUUGUAAGCUAGCAAUCAAUUUUAUUUAAUAGCCUCUUCCUUUAGUCAAUAAUUGAGCGCGCUAUUCUUAAAAACCAUAGUAGCUGACAAAAACAGCUGGACGAAUUAAAAGGGCCUAUAUUUAACAUGACGUUUUAAUAGCCUCUUCCUUUGGUCAAUAAUUGAGCACGCUAUUCUUAAAAACCAAAGUAGCUGACAAAAACAGCUGGACGAAUUAAAAGGGCCUAUAUUUAACAUGACGUUUUAAUAGCCUCUUCCUUUAGUCAAUAAUUGAGCACGCUAUUGUAAAGAAGUGACAGCUUGUUCACAUUUGUAAGCUAGCAAUCAAUUUUAUUGACGUCCCCCUUGAAUUUUCUCAAAGCGAACAUCAAUUUUUCUUAAUUGACAAUUCUCAAAGCGAACUUUAUCCUGACAAUUUGCUUUUCUCAAUUUCGUUUUACAGUCAGCUUAACAGGACAGUUCCCUGCUGCACAAGAGUCAAGAAUACAUCCAGAAGAUUUUGCAUUUUAACCAUUCUACAAAAGGUAAGCAGAUGAAGAAUGAGUCAUCAAAAUUCAAAGUACUUUCUUGCUACAGAAUGUGUAUGUUCUAGAAAAGCAAGCUGGUGUAUUUGUAUAAUAAAACUUGCAUGAUGCUUAAAGGAACUAGACGUUGAUAAGAUCCACUUCGAGAGAAGCCUUGAAGUUGACAGCUUCAUUAUACUCCUUUUUGUGUUUGAUAGAGAAAAAAUAUAAGAAUAUAUAUUGCUAUUUGGAACAACACAGAGGUCGAAACUAAGGCACGUGCAAAUGGGGUCAGUUUCUGGCGCCAACCGCGUUCUACUUUCCGGGGAAAAAGCCUUCUGGAAGUUAUAAGAAACUACCGCUGUCAUGUUGAAACAAGUUACACUGUAAAAGUGAAAACUUUGUGUUUUAAAUUUCAUCAAAAACCAAAAUUGUGUAGGCUCGUAACUUAGUUAAGAGCAUAGAAGUCGUGUUGAACAUUGUGAAUUAUUGAUUUGUUUGUUUUUGUAUAACGUUAGUGAGACAAAUUGGUUCUCACAGAUGUCUCGUCCCCUUGUCGUUUCAACUUUUGAAUAUGAGGAAACCACAUAUUUUAGUUAGAUAAUUUACAAUUAACCGCUGAAUUAAAUUGAUCAUGGAAACUGGUUACCGUAAAAAAGUUUCUAAAUCAGAGCUAGAGACAUGUUACAGCAGUCUGAUCCGUACACUUUCAGUCCUACGGGGACCCUCUCCCUACUGAACUAAACGUUUCUUGUUUUAGGACUGUUUGAUUCAUUUGUUUAACGAUAUAAAAAGUAUUUCUAACUUGAUUCUACAUUACACGAAAGAGUAUCGUUUAAAAAAAUACUAAAUGCUCGUUUACUAAGGUAUUUUUAAAGGAAGGAGCUUGUCGAAACCUGACGUGAUGCCUGGGGGCAGGCUGUUGUGGUAUGCCAACCCAUUUAAUUUUUCCAGGGGAGAGUAGCAAUACUUAACAUCACUUUACGCUUUGGGAAUCUGGAUAAGAACAAAAAACAUUGUACUACUAACCUGUCUUUCAGUUCAACAUUCUUAAGCCAAGUUUUCACUACACGUCCGCGAUCUGAUGGUAGACUGCGGCGAGGCGCAAACAACAUCCAUAACUGUGGCUACAUAAAAAAAGAUAAAAGUUAAGAAGUUAAAAAUGUCAGGGCAUCUGACGGAUAAUUACCAAAGAUAACGAGUGAUCAUGAAGUCGCAGAUUUAGUAAAAAAAAAAGGGUUCAUUUUUGCUGGAUACAUUCUUCUUAUUGUAAUCUUUCUUUUCCAUUCUUUCCUUUUGUGGUUUGCAUGAAAAUAGCAAUCGAGACAAGGAAGGUUAAAUACACAUGGUCUAUCUCAUUGUUAUUAGAUGAGCCCUGUAAAUUGAGAAAGAGAUGGAAACUUUUUUUGCAAUACCACACAUUAGAAGCGGAGCACUCAUAAGAGGAAGGUCACCUACUAAAAUCACUACAGAAACAUGAGAAAUGUCGAUAAAGAGCGAAUGAUCGGUAGAUAAACCCACAAUCAGGUAUGAAGACCGCACUCAUUAGAGCACAGGAAAACAUGCGCACUGCGGUAACUCAAACGACCUAGUAAAGCAAUUUUGGUUUAACCAUACGUUUCACUGUACUGAAGUUAGAUUCAAUUUAGUUUUUUCACAAGUUUGGUCACAUUAGAGUUCAGUUUAUGUUUUUCACUGAGGUCAAUCCAGAAUUUGGAUCCCACAAUGAAGCUGAGCCAACCAUCAGGUCUGUAUUUAUCAUCCAUCAUCAUAGGGAUGACGUCUUUGUGAAGCUGAUAUGUGUACUCUGCCUCUAAAUGGAUCAUUAAUAGAACUAAGUUGUCAACUUCUUAGCUAUUAUUAAUAGUUCUAAAUUCACCAUGUUCUCAUCACUGGCAAGAGUGUCGUCAUUUGCCUCCUCCUGAUUGCCUUGUCUUCUUUCUCCGUAUCCUUGCGAACAUUCCUAUCCCAAGUUAUUAUCUCUGAGUAAUUACUUCUACGAUCAACAAUUAUAUCGUAAACAAGUUUAUGCUACUCCCACAGCCAAAGCAAAAUCUGUCUCAACAAAUUUGUUGGAUCUUUUCCAACACUUUAAUAAAACAUCAGUUAAAGCUUUAGCAUGUUCAAGUGCCGCUUCUGUCAAAGAUUUCCAUCAUGAAAAGCUUUAUUCAAGGACUGGUAAUGCAUAUUUGUGGAACUCAAUCGUGUUUCAAUUGAGGAUUAUUCUUGCAGAACAGAGAUAUAAGUAUAUUUUUUUCACCAACAUCUUUAGCUUUUUUUUCAUUGUCUGCAGGAAAACGAUUAGUCACGGGUUUUCCUUCUAUGGUGGUCGUGUUAGAUACAUCUUUGACAUUUCCGUCGGAGGACUUUUCAUCUCGGGAAAGUUUAUUGUGACGCUCUUCAGAGUAGGAUUUGUUUUCAAUCACUGUUUUUUUACUGUUUGACCUUACAUGGGUUUUUUACCUUUCCUGUUGUUAUAGAGGCUCCACUUCCCAUCGGUCCUAAAUAAUAAAGUUAUUAUCGAUCAUUGACAACGCUAGCCAUCGAUGAUUCGCGCGAAUUAUUAUUUGGGUGUUGUAGCCGCCAUAUUUUUUGGCUUCAGUCACCCUGAGCCUAAAGUGUAAAGUUUGCUGGCGUUUUCGACACAGCAGCGACAGCGUAGACACAGCGUCAGACGUCUGCGCAUGUACAGCGUCGUAAUGAUCAUUAGCAACGAAGUGGAACGAACGUGCCUUAUCCACCGAGAAAGUGCAUUCAUUUUGCCGCUGUGUCGGUGUGUCGAUUAGCAAUAGUUGAAGAUCUUUUAGGAAGCAAGCGGUCUCAAACGAGUUACAAUCAACCACGCAAGCCAAUAAUUCACGGUGUUUUAAAAGCGUAUAACCUUUGUCGGUGAGCUCAAAAUAGAAUGGUAAGUUAACAGGGUUGCCAGUACUUGAAUAAUAUUCAUGUUCGAAAAGUCUCGAGUUUUCUCUUACCCUAGUUUUAUAUAUAUUUUUUUUAUAGAUUCCCUGAAAGUUUCAACUGUUUUCGCUUUUUUUGCGAGACAGCAGUUGCUUUUUAUGUCUUCCAUUGAAUUUUUUGUUAAUUUUCUUCCAUUGUUAAAUUCCGAAAGUUUUUUUUUUUCUGAGGCCGCUGUUGAUAAGCCUCAAACAAUUGAUUGAACUAACCGCCCAAAAACCAUAGCUUUGGCUCAUUGCUGAACAAGUUAAAAGAGCCUGUAAUCAGCAUGAUGUUUUAAUGACCACUGCAUUUAAUCAAUAUUUGAGCAUGCUAUUUUUGUUAAUUUUCUUCCAUUGUUUAAUUCCGAAAGUUUUUUUUUUCUGAGGCCGCUGUUGAUAAGCCUCAAACAAUUGAUUGAACUACCCGCCCAAAAAACCAUAGCUUUAGCUCAUUGCUGAACAAGUUAAAAGAGCUUGUAAUCAGCAUGAUAUUUUAAUGACCACUGCAUUUAAUCAAUAUUUGAGCAUGCUAUUGUAGAGAAGUGACAGCUUGCUCACAUCUGUAAGCAUAGCAAUCAACCUUAUUGACGUCCCCCUUGAAUUUUCUCAAAGCGAACAUUAAUUUUUCUUAAUUGACAAUUUGCUUUUCUCAGUUUUGUUUUACAGUCAGCUCAGUUUAACAGUUCCCUGCUGCACCAGAGUCAAGAAUACAUCCAGAAGAUUUUACAUUUUAACCAUUCUACAAAAGGUAAGCAGAUGAAGAAUGAGUCAUCAAAAUUUAAUGUAUUUUUUUGCUACAGAAUGUGUAUGUUCUAGAAAAGCAAGCUGGUGUAUUUGUGUAAUAAAACUUGCGUGAUGCUUAAAGGAACUAGACGUUAAUGAGAUCCACUUCGAGAGAAGCCUUGAAGUUGACAGCUUCAACAUCAUCCUUUUCGUGUUUCAAAAAAAUAUAAACAUACAUAUUGCUAUUUGGAACAACGCAGAGGCCAAAACUAAGGCCCGUGCAAAUGGGGUCAGUUUUCGGCGCUAACCGCGUUCCACUGUUUGAUUUAUUUGUUUAACGAUGUAAAAAGUAUUUCUAACUUGUUUCUAAAUUACACAAAAGAAUAUAGUUUAAAAAAAUACUAAAUGCUCGUUUACUAAGGUAUUUUUGCUCCCAAAAAUUUUCUACCGUUCAGAUUUACUGGCAAAGGUUUGUUUUCAUGGCAGGUCAAAAAAAAAAGUGCCCAGUAAAAUGGAUUUUAACUCAUGGAACAUCUUCUGGGGUAUAUGUUUUGGUGUAUUGGUGACUUUGAUCAUUGUAGGAAAUAUUCUCACCAUCUGGAUAUUCUUCAAACAGAGACGCCAAAAACGCUCUUACUCACUUCUCAUAAGCUUGGCAGUUGCUGAUUUGCUGGUGGGAAUUUUUGCUGUCCCUUUUUAUAUAAAAGCAGUUGUAUCACAGGGAUAUACAUGGUACGUAGUUUCCAUCGGUGCUGACGUUUUCACUGGCACAACGUCCAUCUACACUCUUGCGUUCAUUUCCUUGGAAAGAAUGUGCGCCGUCGGUUGGCCUCUUCGUCACAGAACUCUGAACUAUCGUGUUUACAUCUGCGCUAUUAGCAUACCGUGGAUCAUAGCGGCAAUAUUUACUACUAAUAACUAUAUGUGUAGCAAACUUUGUUAUUUGGAAGAAGCAGAAAACGCCAUUUCGCGACCAGAAUCACAUCAAAAGAGAAGUGAAAUUGGCGAAGACACUAGUUCUCAUAGCAGGAACAUCGCUUUUUACCUGGCUUCCUUUUCAAAUUCUAAAUAUUUUGUUUGCAUUGAAAGUCACACAAAAUUUUCACCUUAUUGAACUGACUGUAUUUAUUAUCAAAUUUUUACAGUUUAGCAAUUCACUUGUGAACAUGAUGAUUUAUCCGUUCAGAAUCCCAGAAUUUAAGCACAACUUAUUCCAGAUACUUAAUUUCUGUGUAAUUCCCUUUGGAAGAUUCAGCAUUGAGGUAUGUCCACCAGCUGGGACUGGGUCAUUUUAGCAAUCAAACGUUCACCAGGAAAGUUCGCUUUAGAGUCUAAAUCCACUCAGGCACAUAGACAUUGCUACAAUGGAUGAGGAAUAUAAAAUGUAUUUUACAAAAAUAUGCAAAUAUGUUGAAAAUGAAUGUCUGCCAAAUUUUUAAUUAAAAUUAAAAUUUUUAGAAAAUUUGAGGAAACCCCCCACACUCAAAAGUACGAGAAUACGCACUGAAGAAAAAAACAAAAAGUCAGUGAAGAGGGAAGAAAGCCAAACGACAAUUCUUAUCGAGGAAAACCAAAGAAGCAUCGCGAAGGAAAACCAAACAUGUAUCAAUGCCGAAAAAAGUAAAGCAUCUAUUCCGGAAAACCAGUUAAAAUGGUGACUUUUGAGCUUUCUUGAGCUAUUUUUCUUUAGUCUUUACUGAGAAAAAAUGCAGUCUUAAUCAUUUAACAAUAGGUCCAUACGUCAGCGUGCGUUCAUCGAGAUAUGAGGUACGCGGGAAGUUUCGAGAGCACGAAAGAUGCGUAAGAGUUGCUCCAGGCAAACUUCCCAAACGAUUCAUAUCUCGCUGAACGCACAGCUGAUUUAUGAACCAAUUGUUUCAUAACAUUUUCAACCCGAUGGAAAGAUUUUUUUCUCGAGGGAUUUUUGUUUGCUGACGUCAUGAGUGUGCACAAUAUGGAAUAUGAAGCACACUUACGCACUUGAAUUUACUAGCUUAGUUAUAAUAUGUUUUGAAUAACCGUAAUGCACUUACCGGGUUUUUGUGGAUCUUGUUUAAAUACCGGAACGCUUGAAAUUUUCCUUUCGCUUGAGCAUUUCAGUUGUUGAUGUAAGCACCAUAUUUUGCCAAGUUGUAUGGUAGCAGGCAAAUCCAAGAUAUUCUUUGAACGAAAGAAUUUUUCCAUAAAAUCUUUGACUUAAAUAACUCUGUAUUUUGUACUUUCAGUUCUUUUGCUGAAGAUUGUAAAAUGUGAGAGACUGCUUUCUCCAAGAGGUUCAAGAGGUUGAAAUAAUAGUGGUUUUCAUUCUAGAUAUAUCUUAUUUCCCAUAUCAGGGUGCAAAGAAAGUCAGUUUUACCGUAGGGCAAGCUGUAACUAACAUCUACUAGCCCGAAAGUCAUUUUUUCCAGCCCGAAAAGAAUUUUUCGCUAGCAGAAAAAAAGAGCUGUUUUGCUCUUAGUGCUGCCACACUGUAGAAUUUUCACCAGGUCACCGCAAAAGAUGAAUGGUUAACAUGCAUUUUAGACUUUUUAGAAUUUAGAAACACAUUUUAUAACAAAAAAAUAAAAACGGAAAAAACGGCGUUGAAACCGUGAAACCAAAGUUCUCAAUGGACACACUAAAAGUCGUGUCCGAUAGCCCGAGGCUCGUGGAUUUGCGAUCAGGCUAGUGGAUUCUGUGGUUAACCUGCCCGAAGGGCAAGUGAAGAGUUUUCGGAGAAUUUAAAUAACAGAAGUACUGUAAAACAAAUGUUUUAAAUUUCCAAUCAAUUCAUGCGGACCGAAAGUCGCUCUCACGAAGUGAAAUCUGCACAAACAAGACGAAGUGUCGCAUUACAUGUCAGACGAGACAUAAUGAGAUCACGUGCAUAACGUAGAAGCAGGUACUGAAAAAAACUUUGUAGGUAAAUGUUGACUGUGAUAAAUUCUUACUAAUUUAGAGAAAGCUAUUUGUCUAAAUUUUGCUUCAUAAUCAUCUGUGAGGAACGUAAACAAAAUAUUUUGAUCCUGAACUCCAGUGAGUAAUUUAUUAUGGUUUUAGCAGACAUUGGUCACGUACGUUUCAAUAUCGGUUUUUCGCGUGAAAUUUAACGUGGAAUUCACUCCUCAGGCAGUGUAUAGAAUUCUGGACUCUGAAAUUAAAACAACAUGACUUGUCAGACCCACUGAGCUUUCGCACUGUACAUGACAAAUCUGAACAUGAGCAAUGAACAAGAACUAAAUGGAGUUUAUGUCGAAAAUCAUCCAAGAACAAGAGAAAAUCCGCCUAUCAAUUUUCCAGGAUCUGGUAAUUUAUGCAAAAUUUAGGUCAAUAAAAAAAUAGGGUUAUUAUCUAUCACUAGCCACCGAUGAUUCACAGGAAUUAUUAUUUACGUAUUGUAGCCGCCAUAUUGUUUGGCUUCGCUCUCGCUGAGCAACCAAGCCUAAAGCCUGUGUGUACAGUUUGCUGGCGUUUUCGACACAGCGGCGACAGUUUUCUUCUACUUCUUCUACUUCCGCUAUCCAUGGCAGAAAGCUAUUCGCCCUUUAAGUGAAGUCCCACUACUAUUCUUCAAAACUACUUACAGUGGCUGUUCUUGAAGAAGAGCUUGUUUACAGGUGAGAUAUAAAAGCAACAGGGCAUGCAGCAUAUAAAGACCAUACCUUUCUUCCGAUUUUAAAUUCUCUAGAGUAGCUGUUUUUCCACGUUAAAAAAGAUAUAAAACCCGUACGAAGAAUUUAAAGAUCGUUCCGAUUAUCUGAAUCUAUGCGAACGACUUUUUCAGCCCGUUUUAAUUUGCUUCUCUCAGUUUCGUUUUGCAACCAGCUCAUUUCAACAAUUCCCUGCUACACCAGAGUCAAGAAUACAUCCAGAACAUUAUGCAUUCCAACCUUUCUACAAUAGUUUAGUAGAUAUUAAAGGGGGACGCCGACACAUUUUGAAAACAAAGUUGAUUUCAAGGCAACUCAUAAAUUUACGCAGGUGAAUAAUAUUCACAAUGUCUCACUCGUGAGUUCUUAAGAGGGGUGGGAAUAUUAUUAAACAGUUUCUGAAGUAUCCGAAUUUUUUUUUCAAAUUUAGUUUCUUUAAGCUGUUUGUGACGCUUCAGAAACAUUGAUGUUUCAAAUUCAUUUUCUUCCUUAGAAACAGUUUGUUUCAGAGCGAAAGAAAAUUUUCAAAUCUAUUUUCUUCAAACUGCUUCUGACGUCAGAAACAUUGUUUUAAAUUUAUUUUUUUGUUUUUGAAGCGUUAGAAAUUUUUCAUAUUUAUUUUCUUCAACUUGUUUCUGAAGCGUCAGAAACAUUGAUGUUUCAAAUUUAUCUUCCUCAUCAGAAACAGCUUGUUUCUGAGCGUCAGAAAAUUUUCAAAUUUAUGUUCUUCAAACUGCUCCUGACGCGUCAGAAAUUUUUUAAAUUUAUAUUUUCGUCAACCUGUUUCUUUCAAUUUUGUUUUCUUAUUUCGGUCGGAAAUUUUUCAAAUUUCUUUUCUUUAAUUUGUUUCUGCAACAGACAAGUUUAGUUCUUUUUUUUUAUAUUUGCAUAUCCUUUGUAAAAAAAUGUCUUUUCAAACUCAAAUCUUAUUUCGUUAUGUUUACGAGUGAUCCAAGUUUUUUUCGGUAAUCGUCUCUGAUCUGUUCUCUUAUUACCUCAACGUCAGUCUCAGAUGAGCUUCUUGCUUUAUUUCUCAACCAUUUUUUCAGGAAAUAAUGCUGCUCAAUCUCGCACAAAAUUGAGUCGAACUCAACGUCAGAGAUAGAAUUAUUUUGCAAGCGCCUUUGAAAACAACCUGCUGAUUGACAGGUGUUCUGUCUCAGGGAUUGAAAUAGUUUUUCAUGUUUUGUGAUUUUUUUAUCGAGAGUUUUGCUCCCAACACUAAAUGUUGAUGUAAAUCCCAAAAAGCCGGCUAAGCCAGCCGAUUUAAAAAUGUCCGCUGAGGUAAUUUUGCGAAGCCCCGAAGGGGCAGGCUGCGGAGCGUUAAGCUUUUUGAGCCGAGGGGCGCAAAGGAACCCAAGUCCUGAAUGGGCAGGCCGUGGAGCGGUAGGCUCUUCGGGUUGGCGGUAUGCUAGGAACCGCGAAGCUGCCUAAACGUUCCAAGCAGACCGCUUAUUCAUCCAAUAAUACCAAAUGAAUUUAGUUUGAAAUAAAGUUUCUCAUUACCGAUGUGGCCUUGGCAAAUAAAAGAAAAUUAGAUCCGUUUGUCACACAAAGGCUGUGACAGGAAAAACAUCGUCUAUAUUGUCUUCAAGCGGUACGGCGGUUUCUCUGAGUGGAGUGGGAUUAUUGAGGGAGCACCCAUAAAUUAUCUCUAACUCAAACCUCAAAUGGAGGCCAUUGAUUCCCUUCAGUCACGAAAAUUCGCAUAGAUUAGAUGUAAUACCUCGGUGAUAUUUUUCGUUGAGUUGGGACUUCAGAAUAAUACUAACCCUGUCACAGAGUUGCCCGAAGCAUCCAAGAACGCUCGAGGGUUUUCCUUUGAAUAUUUUUUCAUUCUUAUCCAAACGAUGACAGCAGAGAAAGUGGUUGGUUAUUGAUUUAAACCUUUUGGAUUUGCAACGUCGUUUGAUUCCAAGAAGAUCAGCCAGAUCAUUGCCAGGAUGUGCUUAUUUUGAGGAUUGUGGAUUUCCAAUACUCCUUUCGGAGUAAUCAUCUCAACCUUCACUCUAGUCACUCCUCGAUGUAUCUUAAAGAGCUUGGCCAAGGCUUUUGAGUGAAUAAUUACGUUCAGGAAUUUUCUUUUUUGUUGGAGUGCCUUGCGCAUUGAUUACGGAGACUUCACCAGGACGACUUAAAUUAUAUCAAGUGUUGAAAAAAGAACAGCUUACUGGUCUGAUAUGUUGAUAUUUUUCGUUGCGCAGCGGCUCUUUGAAGCGAACUGUGUAACCAUUUAAAUUUGCAAUAACUGUCAAAACAACCAUUUUGAUUAUAAAAGCAAUAGAAAUAUUUAACUCUUUGAGUUCCGACCCCGUUUGGGGUUUGCGUAGUCAAGAUUAGAUGAAGCGAGUGAAAUUGAAGAUAAAGCAAGGAGAAAAGCUUAGAAUGAUUUCAAAGCACGGUACCCAAAUGUAGACCUGAGUAAGUUCAGUGCGCCGGCAAGUGUUGUUUGAUUACGAAGACUGAUAACAGCUCAAUUAUACUUCAAUCGAUCACAUCAGUGGAGUUCAGACGAGUGUCUCAAGAUCAGACAGAAGAUAUAGGGAUGAUGACGUGAAGAAGGCACUUGGAGUUGGAGAUUUCCCCCUUGAACUCACUCGGAGCCGAGUAGUAAAGAAGGAGGUGCCGGCAGUUCCAUUUCAUGCGAAUGCAACAAGUCGCUUCAACGAGGAGGUUAAAAUCUUUGUUGCCCCAAAUCAAUACUUCAAUGCAAAAUUCAGAAGAAUAUUUAUAAGGACGAAAAUUCAGCAUUCUACAGGCCAGGCGCAGAGAUGGCUUGCGGGGCGAAUAUGAGCUACUGGCCUCAACUUAACUUCGCAGUAUGGUAAGCAAUGACAGGCUGUGGAAUAUCUCGUGAAGAUCUCGAUAUGGUUCCAGAACAGAUCGAGUCGUUUCUGAUAUUUCACAUAUACAUCACAGUCAGAAGGAUUCUUUAAUGGGUGGAAUUCAGAGUGAAUCAUCUCUUCCAGGUUACCCGACUUUCAGCCAUACAUAUAAUAUUUAUGACACGUCAUCGUUCAAACGAAUGUAUACAGAAUUUGGAAUUUCACCAAGCGCGGAAUUCCGAUUCAAAGGUGAUAAUCACGGUCUCGCAACUGUUUUCAUCUAUGUGUCAUAUGUUGGUCCGGAAGCAGAUAAUUCAACGACUUGCCUGGAAGAAACAAUUCAGCGAUGAGGGUGGAAAAGCUAUCAAAGGAGUUCUUUUGUUUUCACGGACAUUACUUUUAUCGAUAUUCUGUUACCUUUUUAGCAUAAUUUUCCUUUGCAUGUGUCAUUCAUGUAAGUUCUUUACCGUAAAUUUUAUCUAUUCGGAUCUAUCGUUUGACUGUUUGAACCGCCUAACUGUUUAUACUGUCUCUAUCAAUCGCUUUACUUCGCUUAAAAUCGUCUUUAAUUUGCCAUUUGACUCAGAUCUCAUAACACGUUUCAACCACCUCAAAUGUUCAUUUCGCUCCAAUACUGCAGUUUAUUUCGUUUGCUGCUUAGAACAUGUACGAGUGAUUUUGGUCUCAAUAGAUUAAUGAGCUCCACUUCGAGAGAAGGCUUGUAGUUAACAGCUUCAACGUACUUCUUUUCGUGUUUCCUGAAGAAAAAGUGCAAAAGCAUCCAUUGCUGUUGGGAACACAGCGGCCUAAACUAAGGCACGCGCAAAGGUCAGUUUUUGGCGCCAACCGCGCUCCACUUUCCGGAGCAAAAGCCCAAUGGAAAAUUAUAAUAAACUACCGCUGUCACAUUGAAACAAAUUCUGAUGUAAAAAUGAAAACUAGAGACUCUUCGAGCACAAAGUUUAUUUAAUUACAUGCAGGUUUUCUUUUCACAUUGUGUUUUAAAUGUUACAAAAAAAGGCAAAAAGGUCUGAACUCUUAUCUAUUAACUAGGCGAUUAGAAACGAACAACGAUCCAAUCACUAACCUUUAAAUGACCGAUCGUAUAACUGGAAAUAAAGAUCUAGGGCUUCCGAUGUUUUUCUACGUCGAACCUCCUCCAAGAUUUGAUUUGCUGAGCUGUAAACAUUAUCAUCUUCUAGUAAGAUAAUUUACAGUUAACCGCUGAGUUGAUGAUGUAAAUUGUUCACUGUAAAAAGUUCCUAAAGCUGACCUUUCUAACAUUACCCCUUCGUCAGAGCUAGGAGACAUGUCACAGCAGUCUGAUCCGUACGCUUUCAGCCCUACGGGGACCGUCACCCGACUCAACUUAACGUUUCGUGUUUCAGGACUGUUUGAUUUCUUUGAUUGCUGAUCUAAAAUGCUUCUCUAACUUGAUUCUAAAUUACACAAAAGAGUAUCGUUUAAAAAUACUAAAUGUUCGUUUGCUAAAGUUUUUUUUGCUCCCCAAAUUUUCUACAAGCUUCUUCAGUUCAGAUUUAAGUGUAAACGUUUGUUUUCAUGGCAGGUCAAAAGAAAAACGGUGCCCAGCAAAAUGGAUUUUAACUCUUGGAACACUUUCUGGGAUAUAUGUUUUGGUGUAUUGGUGACUUUGAUCAUUGUGGGGAAUGUUCUCACCAUCUGGAUAUUCUUCAAACAGAGACGCCAAAAACGCACUUACUCUCUUCUCAUGAGCUUAGCUGUUGCCGAUUUCUGGUGGGGAUUUUUGCUGUCCCUUUUUAUAUAAAAGCAGUUGUAUCACAGGGAUAUACAUGGUACGUAAUUUCCAUCGGUGCUGACGUUUUCACUGGCACAACGUCCAUCUACACUCUUGCGGUCAUUUCCUUGGAGAGAAUGUUCGCCGUCAGUUGGCCUGUUCGUCACAGAACUCUGAACUGUCGUGUGUACGUCUGCGCUAUUAGUAUACCGUGGAUCAUAGCGGCAAUAUUUACUACUUCAGUGGUGUUACCGAUGCUUAAUAUAAUAGGGAGGGAGAAUUCCUUGUAUCAUAUUGUUUUAAUUUCUGGAAUCCCUCUGAUAGCUAUAUGUGUAGCAAACUUUGUUAUUUGGAAGAAGCAGAAAAUGCCAUUUCACAACCAGAAUCAUAUCAAAAGAGAAGUGAAAUUGGCGAAGACACUAGCUCUCAUAACGGGAACAUCGCUUUUUACCUGGCUUCCUUUUCAAAUUCUAAAUAUUUUGUUUGCAUUGAAAGUCACACAAAAUUUUCACCUUAUUGAAUUAACAACAUUUAUUAUCAAAUUUUUACAGUUUAGCAAUUCAUUUGUGAACGUGAUAAUUUAUCCGUUCAGAAUCCCAGAAUUUAAGCGCACGUUAUUCCAGAUACUCAAGUUC